ACUGCAGAACUAGAAGAAACAUUUUUUGCUAAAUCCGUUAUGAUCUUCUGUAGUAAGCAUUCUUGAAUCUCCUUGAAUAAAUGGCAAAAUGGCUAUAGAAGGUUUUAAUUGUGACAUUUCGCUUAUUCUUCAGAACAGGGACUUCACUGUGUUAGAAAGCUUGGUGUCGGGUAGCAAAAGUUUUUAUGCAAAAAUUGCCGCCAAAGAAGAAGAUGGAAUUGCUUAUGAAACUGAGUGUAAAGAGAAAAGGGCAUUGAGGAUAAAUAAAAUAACAGAACUACAACAACAAAGUGAAAUAUUAAAAUCUGAAAUAGAUGCAACGAAGUUGCAACAAAAAAUAGUUGAAAAGAAAAUUUCAAACGCGACUAAACAGCUGGCAAUAUUAACAGAAAAAGUGGAUAAUGCAAAAUUGCAAAGGGAUGGCUUGUCUCUUGAAAUUGUUGAUUUACAACAAGAACACGAACAGAGGAAUGAACAAAAAGUUCUAUUAUGGAAUGCUAUUAAACGGGCUUGUCAUGCUUAUAAGAAUUAUCUAGAUUUCUGUAUUUACUUCCCCGAUGGCAAAGAUUACGAGCAUGUGCAAAUUUCAUUUUUUACAAAUAAUACAAAUUUGACUAACGAGUAUUUUGUGCUCUUAACCAAUUCUAACAAUCGAUGGAAUGUGGAAAAAAUUCAACCGGUGCUAGAAAAGGAAUAUUACAAUGAUUUUAAAGGGAUUGUUGACUUCUCUACAGAAUCAGAAAUUGUAGAUAUUACACUGUUCCUUUGUAGAUUAAGAGACGUUUUUGUUAUGCAUUAUUUAAAUUCAAAAUAAGAUUAAAGCCUUUAUUAAUAAAAACUAAGAUAUCUAAAAUGUCUAUUACAUGUAUAGAAUUCGUGGUGCUAGACAUCGCAGACUUAACAUUAGUAUCUUAAUAAAAUAUAAUAUUUAUCAUUAGUACGAUAAUUUUCUGGUAUUAUUACAUAUAAUUAAUUGUGUCGCUCGUUUUGACAUACUACCUGCCUACAGUUCAUGUCAGAAACAGUAAACUGCUAAUCACAGUGUGGAUAAAUUACUUAGGUACUAGAAUUACAAACAGGUCUCCAUUCGAUUUCUAUUUAUAUAUGGCACCUAUAGAGAUAUAUUUGUAAUUACACUUGUUCCACAGACAUGCGAGAAUGAAACGUUGCUCAGAGUAGAGAAAUCUUCAAGUUUGCUUGGAACUGAAAUAUUUUACUAAAUUUUAAAUACGCGUUUGCUUUUCGCCAAACAAAUGUUACAAAUAUCGUUUAAUACUCAACAUUUUGUUUCUUACUUCUCGCAAUGUUCAGAAUGCGCUUAAUUAAAAUACUUAGCUGAUCAAUUAUUUUGAUUCGAGUCCUAGCUAAUAUGAAGCCAGCAAUCGGCGUCAACGAUUGUUUCCUCACAUUUGUAUAAAAAAAAAAGAAUUAUAAAUAAUUGACAAAUGACUUAUAAAAAAAAAGAUGUAUGAAAAAGUGUAAUGCUACCAACAAAGUUUUGAUUACAAUUUCA